GCAAGAGAAAGAAUAAGCCCUCAUGAAUCCACCAUUGUCCUUGGUUUAACUCGUUCAAGUACCAUCCUUCCCACCCCAAAAGCCAUUUCUUCUUCUUAUUCAUCAGUAAAGAAACUGUUAGACUUGCAGGACAUGAUGGAGCCCUUGAGGGAAAUCGGAGAUGGAUACCUGAUAUCUCUCAAUGUUGGCAACCCUUCACAAACCAUCCAAGUUUACAUGGAUACUGGGAGUGAUCUCACUUGGGUACCCUGUGGGAAUCUCACUUUCAAUUGCAUCGAUUGCGACGAUAACAAGAACAGAAACAUCAUGGCUAGUUUCUCUCCUUUUUCUUCCUCUUCAUCCAUCAGAGAUUCUUGUUCAAGCCUUUUUUGCAUUGACAUCCAUAGCUCUGAUAACUCCUAUGACCCCUGCACUGUAGCUGGUUGCUCUCUGGUGACCCUACUAAAAUCCACCUGUUAUAGACCAUGCCCUUCAUUUGCUUAUACAUAUGGAGAAGGGGUUGUUUCUGGGAUUUUGACUAGGGAUACCCUAAGAGUCCAUGCAAGCAGCCCUGCAGGUGCAUUUAGGGAAAUUCCCAAGUUUUGUUUUGGUUGUAUUGGAACCACUUAUAGAGAGCCUAUAGGAAUCGCUGGAUUUGGUAAGGGUCCACUCUCACUUCCUUCACAGUUAGGUUUCCUCCAAAAGGGUUUUUCUUAUUGUUUCUUGUCUUUCAAGUUUGCUAACGACCCUAAUAUUUCAAGUCCAUUAAUAGUAGGAGAUCAAGCUAUUUCCUCUAAAGAACACAUGCAAUUCACUCCAAUGUUGAAGUGUCCCGUGUACCCUAACUUCUACUACAUUGGCUUGGAGGCAAUAUCUGUGAGCAAUAUUACCUCAACUGAAGUCCCUUUGAGCUUGAGAGAGUUCGAUUCGCUCGGUAAUGGUGGCAUGUUGAUUGAUUCAGGAACAACAUAUACUCAUCUUCCUAAGCCUCUCUACACAAACCUCCUCACUGUUCUCCAAUCCAUGACAACUUACCCUAGAGCAACAGAGACAGAAAUGAGGAGUGGGUUCGAUCUUUGCUAUCGAAUUCCAUGUCCCAAAAAUAAUACUCUUGAAGAUGAUCUUCCAUCAAUCACUUUCCAUCUCUUGAAUAAUGUAACUCUUGCAUUACCCCAGGGCAAUAGCUUUUAUGCCAUGGCUGCACCAGUGAACUACACUGUAGUGAAAUGUCUGUUGUUUCAAAGCAUGGAUGAUAAUGUAUAUGGACCAGCUGGAAUUUUUGGUAGCUUUCAGCAGCAAAAUAUGGAAGUUGUGUAUGACUUGGAGAAAGAAAGAAUUGGUUUUCAACCAACUGAUUGUGCCUUAGCUGCUGCUUCGCAAGGUCUGCGAAAAGUAUAG